CGUUGCGCGUUACAUUUUUCUUUAGUCUAUGGUAAUAAUGGCUACUCGUUCUAUGUUGCGCGGUAUUGCGUGAUCCCGCCCGGUGGUUAAUUUUGAUGUGACUAUGGCAAAAGGAGAUAAAGAAUUAGAAAAACCUAUAGUGAACAAUGAAUUACCUACUCCGGAUUGUAGAAGUGUUGAUCAUGAUGACACAGAAUCGACACAGGAGCAGCCUUUGGAUAUAGGGGAGCAUUAUUUGGUUCGGCGAUCGGAUGAGUCAUGGCACCCGGCUGAGAUUAUACAGACGCGAUACAAUGCCGCUGAGGGGAAUUACGAGUACUAUGUUCACUAUGUGGGCUACGAUAGAAGACUGGACGAAUGGGUUUCCCGCCAUCGGGUCAUGUCCGAUAGGUUUGACAUGUGCGAACAAUCAAAUAACAAUAUCAACUCUGACCACCUCCUCACCGACAAAUCGGGCCGAAAAAUAACAAGAAAUCAAAAACGUAAACACGAUGAAAUCAAUCAUGUACAAAAGUCAUACGCUGAGAUGGACCCGACCACGGCGGCUCUCGAGAAGGAACACGAAGCUAUCACGAAAGUCAAAUACAUCGACAGGAUACAAAUCGGCAAGUACGAAAUUGACACAUGGUAUUUCAGUCCUUAUCCUGAUGAGUACGGAAAACAAUCAAAACUUUGGAUUUGUGAGUACUGCCUGAAGUACAUGAGGAUGGAAAAGACGUAUAGAUAUCAUCUAAGUGAGUGCACAGCGCGACAACCACUAGGCAACGAAAUCUACAGGAAAGGCACCAUAGCAAUAUUUGAAGCAGACGGCAAAGAACAUAAAAUUUAUUGCCAGAAUUUAUGUUUGUUGGCGAAGUUGUUCUUAGACCACAAAACAUUAUAUUUUGAUAUUGAACAGUUUUUAUUUUAUAUAUUGUGUGAAGUUGAUAAGCAAGGAGCACAUCUUGUCGGUUAUUUCUCUAAGGAGAAAGAUUCUCCCGAGGGAAAUAAUGUUGCCUGUAUAUUGACAUUACCUCCUUAUCAGAGGCAAGGCUACGGUAAGUUGCUCAUUGCUUUCAGCUACGAAUUAUCUAGACUGGAACAGGUUGUUGGAAGCCCUGAGAAACCAUUAUCAGAUCUAGGGAAACUAAGCUAUAGAUCAUACUGGUCCUAUGUCUUGCUGGAAGUGCUAAGUGCCAGUAGAGGCACUCUGAGUAUCAAAGAUCUGAGUCAGAUGACAGGUAUAUCUCAGACGGACAUAAUAUCAACAUUGCAGUCAAUGAACAUGGUGAAGUAUUGGAAAGGCCAACAUGUAAUCUGUGUCACACCAAAGAUUGUAUCAGAGCAAUUGGCCAGUUCUCACUUCAAGAAGCCUCGGUUAUCUGUAGACCCAUCUGCGCUACGAUGGACGCCCCCCAACAAACAAGGGAACUCUGCUAAAGCUAAAAAGUAGUACAGGCUUACAGGCACUGCUUAGAGAAUGCUAAAUUAGUCAGAAUCAAAAGCCUUCUCUAUGCUCAGGCCUGUUAUAAACAAUCUAUACUUAGUUUUUGUUUCAUAUGCAGUGGAUAGAUCAGUGCUAGAAGUAUUAUAAUUUGUAUUGUAAGUGUAAAAAUAUUUUAUGUAAGUGAAAAACAAACAAAUGUUGAUUAAGAUAAUUUUUACAGUGCAUUUGUUAAAAGUAAUGAGCUUUAUUACAUGAUUAAUAGUCAGGGAUAUAUCCAGUGAAGAAUGUUAUGCAUUUUUAUUGAAAAUAUUAAUUAAAACUGCAGAUUUGCACCUGCAAAUACUUGUCAUUUUAUGAUUUAAUAAUAAUAAAAUGUAAUUACAAAAUUCCAAUAUUAUUUAAUGUAUUCAAAUUGUUUUUUAAAAUUCUAAGUGUACCUAGACCUAAAGUUUUUAGAAUUAAAAAUGUAGAUGUUAUUUUGAUCAUGAAAAUAAGUAAAUAAUGGUAGGUACUUCUAUAUAUUUUCAGUUUAUUAUCAUUUAGAAGUGUUUAAAAUCACUGCAGGCAUCUUUUCAGAGACUUGAGAGAUGGGGCUUAUCAUCCAGCAAUAGUUAGGUAAAACUUAUUUGUUGUAACAAUUAUUGAUUGUGUGUAAAUUGAAGUUAAUCUGUUAUUAAUGUAAACCAUUUUGGACCAGGUUGAAUGAAUCCUGUGUAUAAAUCUGUCCAUUGCAAUUGCAGUAAAAUUAUUAGACAAAUCUAAAUAAUAGAUGGCUGUGUUGUAACUAUUUUUGUAUAAUCAGAUUGGAUUUGUUAAAAAUGUUGUCAGUUUAAAAAGGAAAACAAAUGCAUAAAUUGUAGUAAUAUUUUUUAAUAAUAGAUUAAUUUGUUGAUGCCCAAUUUCAGACAAAAUAGAAUACUAUUGUAAUGUGCAUGUAAGCAGGGGCAUGCCAAAAUAGGCAAUAAGGCAGUGCCUACCUUGCAAAUUUUCAUCAAUCAGUACCUAGUUUGUAUUUUGUAAGUAUCUACUGCCUACCUCAAAUUAAACUCAUUUUCGCCAUUGUCAGUGGGCACCAAUACAUUAAUUUUAACUACUUCUUGGGCUAUAUAGUUUUUUUAGUUUCCUUUAGGUAUUCACCCUUCCAUUAUAAUAUGAUCUGCUUACAUACAUAAUUUUAUUCAGUUCCUUUUUGUACUGGUAAUAGUGAUAUUAAUUUUAAGUUAUUAAUAAGUUAAUUUUUUGUAGAAAUCCCAUUAAGUACCUAAAUAAUCACUUUUCAUAACAAAAAAUUUUUUACAAGGGUAGCUAAGCUAUUUUAACAUUUGAAAAUCAUGAUUUUUAGAUUUAUUGUAAUAUUACAAAUUACAAUAGUUAAUAAUCGUGUGGGAUUUUGUUAUGAAAGGUGAAUGACUUAACACACCGUCUCCAAAAUGCGCGUUAAAAUUGCGUCACCUAUGAGGUGAUCAGUGAGUACUAAACAUUGUGAAAUAGUGUAGCUAUUUAUAGUACACUAUUGGCUGUCUCGAACAACGUGGUAUGUGUAAUAUGAUUAAGAUUAUUUUGUGUUGUAAGUAUUUUUACUCAUAAUUAACAUAAAUAAUUGCAAUGAUUUUUCUUGGUUCUUCGGCAGUUGCCUGCUGGUGGAUUGUUUUAGAAUGUAAAAAAGAUCCUCCCAUUGCAAAUUAAUUAGAUUCUGUGAAUCAUCUGUUUUCACUGUUUAUUUGUGAUAGUUCUUUAGCUGUAAGUGAAAAUGACAAAAAUAAAAGAAUAAAUUGCUAACA